AUGCAACAGGUGCUACACCUCGGCAGCGGAAAUGACGCUAAGAAGAAGAAGGUUUUCAGCAACAUUAGGGAUAACAGCGAUCCCAAUGAGAACUGGGACAUGGUCGGGGAGCUGGGGGACGGGGCUUUUGGGAAGGUGUACAAAGCCCAGCACAAAACCACCGGUCAGCUGGCCGCUGCCAAGAUGUGUGUUCUUGACAAUGAAGAUGACCUGGCUGACUUUACAGUCGAGAUUGACAUACUCAGCGAAUGCAGGCAUCCAAAUGUUGUUGAACUGCAUGAAGCAUACUUCAUUGAUAACAAGCUAUGGAUGCUGUUGGAGUAUUGCGACGGUGGCGCCCUCGACUCUGUGAUGUCUGAACUAGAGAAGGGUUUGAAUGAAGCGCAGAUAGCGUAUGUUUGUAGGGAGAUGUGCCGGGGGCUGCAAUUCCUGCAUUCAAGGAGGGUCAUACAUAGAGAUCUUAAAGCUGGGAAUGUACUCGCUACUAUGAUUGGAGGCGUCAAAUUAGCGGACUUUGGAGUGUCAGCCAAGAACAAGUCUACCCUCCAGAAGCAUGACACAUUCAUCGGCACUCCGUACUGGAUGGCUCCGGAGGUUGUGUUGUGUGAGACGUUCAGAGAUCACCCUUAUGACUUUAAGGUGGAUAUUUGGUCAUUAGGCAUCACAUUGAUAGAAUUUGCUCAGAUGGAACCUCCCAACCACGAGAUGACGCCCAUGAGAGUGUUACUCAAGAUACAGAAGAGUGAGCCGCCCGCCCUGGACCAGCCAUCGAGAUGGAGCAAAGCCUUCAAUGACUUUAUAGCGAAGGCUCUUGUUAAGGACCCAGAGAAGCGUCCCACAGCGUUGGAACUUCUAAAACACGAGUUCAUUUCUUCAGAGCUGGACUCCAAGCCUUUGAGGGAACUACUUCUGGAGUAUAGGGCCGAGGUGGUUGAGGAAGAACUGCUCGAUGAUGAUGCAGAGGAGCACCGCAGCUCACAGAUGCAGGUGGAUAUGGAAGAUGACUCUACAUCCGUCCGCUCAGGGGACACGCCGGAUAUGAAAAUGUCCGACUACGAAGCGGGUGGCAAGGCGUCCCCCGCUCCGCCCGUCAAUGUCCCCGCACCCGCCGCCGCCACCAAGAGGGCGCUGGACGACGCGCCCGCUGACAGGAGGACGCCGGCACCCAAAAAGGAGAAGGGCCCGGCGCCCCCCCCUCCCGCCGGUCCGCCGUCGUCCCCGCCCCGCGCGCCCCGCAAACAGCCCGCACCCCCGCCGCCCGCUAGCGUACCCCCGCCGCCCACCGCGACCACAGCGCCCACGAUCACGACACCGCCCACGACACCGACACCGCCCACAACGACCACGACACCGACAGCGCCGGCGACAACAGCGCUCGCCGGUGACAUAGUGGAACAGAUAUGCAGAGACGCAGAGAAGGCUGUGGAGGAGAAAACGGAAAUAGAAAAGGGAAUUAAUCAUAAGGCUGAGGACACAAAGACGGGUAGCACACCGGAAGUACAUCACAAGGUCAACGGAAUACAGAAAACAAGCCCCAAGAUUAAUAAGCAAGUUGACACACCCGCUGUUAAAACUGACGUUAACGAGAAUGACACAGACAAGACUGUUAACAAAGGUGACGCUAAAAUAGACGAAGCUGACGUAAAAACUAGUCUAGAUGAUAAAACAAGGGAUGUAACUAAAACAAACAAUAUUAGCACCGGCAUAUACAAGAGUAACGUAGAAUUGAAAGCUAAUAAAGUGAUAACCGAAGUGAAUAGAAUUAAUACAGACUUAAUGAAGAGUUCCGAUGAUGUAAGGGUCAGUCAGUCAGUGAGUCAGUUUGAGAGGUCAGCUGACAUGAGUAAGUCAUGUAUAGAAGUCAGUCAAGUGACCCAGGAGAACAGGAAGGAGAAGGAACGUUCCCGGUCAAGCUCCAAUGAGAUUAGUGAAACAAGAGUCAGUAGUGCAGUCAGUAGGAUAGAAUCAAGGUCAAGAUCCGUCGAUGGUAAAGACAGGUAUAACAUAGAAGUCUUGAGACCCAAAAAGGAUUCCAGAUCGGGUUCAAUCGAUGAGAAGCCAUCAGUGGAAAUGAAUUCAGUCACUCCGCCGUGUGGGUCAGUAACAGUUGUAUCAGUGAGUGCGGAGCCAAACUCUCUAGGAGCAGCGCCUAUUGGUCUUGUCACUGUUACUACAACACAUCCGCCAGUUCUAAAUACAGCUCCGCCUCACGCCGUCACGAUAUCAACGAGUCCUGAAGAGGUGGUGGUGGUGAGAGCAGCUUCAUCUGAUGAUGAUGACGCCUUCGCACCAUCAUCACUGGACUCGCUUGACUGCGCGCCCUGCACGCCCUCCGGACACAGAGAAAAAGGUCGCGGUCGAAGGUUGGACAGCAGCGAGGUGCUGAUACUGUCACCCGGAGCCGGGGACUCUGGAGUGUUUGAGGACAGUCGACAGAACCACAUCAACCUGGACACGUCGCACGUGUCGGUGGUGACUGUAGGUGAGGAGGUCCAGGUCAGGGACUCUAGCGCCCCGCCUCCGAGGCUGAGUCCGGACAGCUUCCAGAGCGUUCGUUCUCAAUCCGACAGCGGUUCUGUCGCUUCGGAGAGAUCUAGGCGCGGCGACGCGGACUCGCUCGCUACAUCCGCGACAUCCGCCACAUCCGCGACAUCCGCCUCGCACGACGACCAGCGCCUCACUGACGCUAACAGGCCUAAUUCAGAAAAUCAGACCUUGGAUGAGGAGGUGGUUGUUCUGAGACGGAAACCACAAGACGCUCAAGGCAAUAGGAUACAGAGGUCAAAAGAAGAUAUCCACAUGGCAAACCUCAAGAAGAAGACUAGGAAAAGAACGAGGAAGUUUGAAAUAGACGGAGUUGUGGUCACUACUACCACCUCUAAGGUUAUAUGGGGAGAUGAAGAAUCAGGUCGCACGUGGGAUGAUUUAGCGCUGAGGAAACAGGAGCUGAGGGAGAUUAAGAUGCUGCAGAAGAUGGAGCAGAAACAGUUCCAGGAUCUGAACGCGAAGGAACACCAGCUGAGGGAGCAACAGGACAAGAGGUUCGAAGCGGAACUAGCAUCACUAUCGCGAGCCCACGAAUCGGAUCUAGAUACGCUGGCGCGUGCCCAGCGAGCGGCAGCGGAGAGGGCCGAGCAGCAGCUCGAGGCGGAGCUGAGGCAGCACGCGAAGAGGCUGCGGGCGGACCACGAGCGGGACCUGCGGCACUUCAGGGACACGCUGAAACAGGAGCUGCGGCUGAUGAAACAGGAAGUAGAGCUUGUCGCUAAAGAACGUCGUAAGGAGGCCUACCGCGCCCGCCGGGCCCGCCUUGAUUCAGAACACGCGACUAGAGAGAGGAGCUUCGUGGCCGCGCUGGCUGAGUCUGGUGACGCGGUGCUGAGACGAGUACACGACAAGCACAGGGAGAGGCAGGCUCUGGCUGACAGGCAGUACCUGCAGCAGCGGCACCAGAUAAUGCGUACUCGAGAAGCAGCGCUGUGGGAGUUAGAAGAAAAACAAAUACACGAGCGACAUCAACUGGCAAAGAGACAAUUAAAGGAUGAGUUCCUACUGCGAAGACAUCAGAUGCUGGUCCGACAUGAUAAGGAGUUGGAGCAGAUUAAGAGGAAGAACAGUCGCAAAGAAGAGGAGUUGGCUAAAUGUCAGGCUUUGGAGAAGAGAUCGCUGCCAAAGAGAAUGAGAGCGGAGCAGAAGGCGAGGGAGAUGAUGUUCAGAGAGAGUCUGAGGAUCAACAGUGUGGCCGGCCACGACGAUGACAGGGAGAGGCUCAAGAAGUUCCAGGAGAACGAGAAGCGUCGAUACAGAUCGGAACAACAGCGACUGGCGACCAAACACGCGCGGGCCAGGGAGGAGCUGAGGGCGCAGGGGGAGGCUCUACUCCGUGAAUUGGAGCAAUAUCAGAACGAGAAGCGCAAGGCUCUGAUGAACCACGAGGCCAGCAAGAUGAAGACCAUCGAGGAGAGGUACUCCGCUGAGCUAAAGGAGUGGCGGGCUACGCUCGCUGAUAGGAAGACGGUGAGCGAUAUAUGA